AUGGCCGACUAUAACACCCCAGAAUUUACACGAUAUGCAGAUGUUCACAAAGAGCUCAAAGGGGCAGGAGAUGCCCGACCUACAGCAUUACAGAUCGUCAAAGACAAUGAUCUAGAGGGCAAACUCACCGACAAGACCAUCUUGAUCACGGGAUGCAGCAGUGGGCUCGGCAUCGAAACUGCUCGCGUAUUGAAGGCCACCGGCGCUCGCCUGUUCCUGACUGUCCGUGAUCUGUCCAAAGGCCAUAACGCCUUGGAUGAAAUCUUAGAGCCUGGCAAAGUUGAUAUGCUGCUGCUGGAUCUCAACUCUCUGGCAUCGGUGCGAAAAUGUGCAGCUGAAUUCCUCGAAACCAGCGGCAACAAGCUUAAUGUCCUCGUCACCAACGCAGGCAUUAUGGCCAAACCCGAAGACAAAACCGCGGACGGGUUUGAAUCGCAAUUCGGCACCAAUCACCUCGCACACUUUCUACUCUUCCAGCUUGUCAAGCCCGCGUUGCUGAGCUCUUCGACCCCAGCAUUCCAGAGCAGGGUCGUGAGUCUUUCCUCCAUGGCCCACCGCUCGUUCCCUCCGAAGAUGGACAACCUGAUGUUGACGGGCGAAUACGAUCCUAUCCAUGCUUACGCACAUUCCAAGACAGCGAAUAUCUGGUUCGCCAACGAGAUCGAGCGACGGUACGGCAACCAAGGUCUACACGCGCUUUCAGUCCAUCCUGGCGUCAUCCUGACUGCGAUAAUGGACCACAGUGAAGUCGAGAAGUACAUGGUGCACGAGCCUUUCCGAAAUUAUAUGAAGUCUGUAGAGCAAGGUGCAGCAACUACUCUGUGGGCUGCGAUUGGAAAAGUGUGGGAAGGGACGGGCGGGAAGUAUCUUGAAGACUGUCAGGUCAGCAAGCCUUUGAAGGAAGGCGGCGGCGACCUGGACGCUGGGUAUGCGGAGUGGGCUUAUGAUCCGGAAAACGAGGCGAAGCUGUGGAAAUUGAGCAAUGAGUGGGUGGGUUUUGUGGAGAAGUGA